UCAGCGCGCGCAUCUCCUGCCCCGGAAGCGGUCGGCGCGCGGCGCGGCUGGGCGCUAAGAUGGCGGCGGCGUGAGUUGCAUGUUGUGUGAGGAUCCAGGGGCCGCCGCGUCGCUCGGGCCCCGCCAUGGCCGUCACCAUCACGCUGAAAACGCUGCAGCAGCAGACCUUCAAGAUCCGUAUGGAGCCUGACGAGACGGUGAAAGUGCUAAAGGAAAAGAUAGAAGCUGAGAAGGGUCGGGAUGCUUUCCCCGUGGCUGGACAGAAACUCAUCUAUGCUGGCAAGAUCCUGAGUGAUGAUGUCCCCAUCAGGGACUAUCGCAUUGAUGAGAAGAAUUUUGUGGUUGUCAUGGUAACCAAGGCCAAAGCUGGUCAGGUUACCUCAGCACCCCCAGAGGCUUCACCCACUGCUGCCCCAGAGUCCUCCACAUCCUUUCCUCCAGCCCCUGCAUCAGGCAUGUCUCAUCCCCCACCUACCACCGGAGAGGACAAGAGCCCAUCCGAGGAAUCAGCCCCCACGACGUCUCCAGAGUCCUUGUCAGGCUCUGUUCCCUCUUCAGGUAGCAGCGGGCGAGAGGAAGACGCGGCCUCCACGCUAGUGACUGGCUCAGAGUAUGAGACGAUGUUGACGGAGAUCAUGUCCAUGGGUUAUGAGCGGGAGCGGGUCGUGGCUGCCCUGAGAGCCAGCUACAACAACCCUCACCGAGCCGUGGAAUAUCUGCUCACGGGUAUUCCUGGGAGCCCCGAGCCAGAGCAUGGUUCUGUCCAGGAAAGCCAGGUGUCUGAGCAGCCAGCCACAGAAGCAGCAGGAGAGAACCCCCUGGAGUUCCUGCGGGACCAGCCCCAGUUCCAGAACAUGCGGCAGGUGAUUCAGCAGAACCCGGCGCUGCUGCCCGCUCUGCUUCAGCAGCUGGGUCAGGAGAACCCUCAGCUUUUGCAGCAAAUUAGCCGGCACCAGGAGCAGUUCAUCCAGAUGCUGAACGAACCCCCUGGGGAGCUGGCGGACAUCUCGGACGUGGAGGGUGAGGUGGGUGCCAUAGGCGAAGAGGCCCCACAGAUGAACUACAUCCAGGUGACACCGCAGGAGAAAGAAGCUAUAGAGAGGUUGAAGGCCCUGGGCUUCCCAGAGAGCCUGGUGAUACAGGCCUACUUCGCGUGUGAGAAAAACGAGAACUUGGCUGCCAACUUCCUUCUGAGUCAGAACUUUGAUGACGAGUGAGGCCAGGAGGCCAGGCUGCCCACGACCCCCACCCCACCCCACUCCACAAAAGUUUUAUAAAAGAAAAAAUUAUAUAUAUAUUCAUGUUUAUUUAAGAAGUGGAAAAAAAAUCAAAAACCUUAAAAAAAAAAAAAAAUCACUCCAGCUUCCCACCCUCCCAAAGCGGCUCCCAUUCCCAUCUUGGUCUGAGAAGACCCAGGCCAGACAGCUGUCCCCCCAUCCUCCUCCCCAGCCCAGCCUGCUCAAAGGAGCUGGCAGGACUGGAGGCGACAGAUGGGCCCCUCUUGGCCUCUGUCCCAGCCCCCUGCAGCCAGAUGGAGAGGCGGCUGCUUGUUUCCCCAUCCCCCGAAGAGCCCCUGAGGACCCCCCUCACCCCGUCCUUUUCUAGGAUGAGGGGAAGCUGGAGCCCCAAACUUUGAUCCUCCAUUGGAGUGGCCCAAAUCUUUCCAUCUGGGGUGAGCUCUGUGAGGCCCACGCCCCCCUCCCCAGUCUGGCCUAGGCCUCCAGCCUGGGGAAGGGAUAAAAUCAGCUCUGGAGAUCAAGGCCACCCCCACCCCAGAAAAGAACCGUGUCUCUGAUAAAGGUUUUGAAGUGAAUAAAGUUUUAAAACCAG